GUUGUCGGGGGUGGGCGAAAGAAAGGGGAAGGGAGCGAUAGGGGUGGACGGCGAAGAGGUGCACGGUGCGCGCGCGCUUGGCAGCGCGACACGGAGAGAUCCGCGCGAGAGAGAGGGCGCUCUCCCCCGAAGUUUUGCGACGAGUCUCUCCAAGAGGGAUCCUCGGGUACGUCCGUGUAGUACAGGAGCUAGCCGAUAACGAGCUAGCGCGCAGUGCCCGGUGUCGGCGCGGAUCGCGCUUCCGCGGUGUUUCUUCUUUCCUCUUUUUCUUCGUACGUCGUGUCGACACGCGCGCGCGCGCGCUCGGUCGCGCGAGCGAGCGAGCGAACGAGCGAGCGAGCGAAGAGUGGAACCACCGCCGAAGGAUCACUGUGACACCAAUGUCGUUGUGCCGAGUUUGAGUCGCCGUGUGUUCAUCCACCGUCGUCGCGAUCCCGACGCGGUUCGAGUGAGUGCGCCUUCUCCGUAUCUCCCAUUAGUGACGUUCGGAUCGGGUUGGUUGAUCGGUUAUCGCAGUGACCUACGGGAUGCGUCCAUGAGAUCACGGGUGCGGCGAUUUCUGAACAGAUUGCCGCUGUUGUCCGCGUCACCAGUGUCGCUGUUGCCGUCGUCGUCGUCGUCGUCGCCGCCGUCGUCGUCGUCGUCGUCGUCGUUAUCGUCGUGGUGGUGCGUAUUGUCGUGCCACCACCGAUCGUGAUCAUCGGCGACGACAGGCAGCAGCAAAGGGUGCAAGGAGAAGGAGGACGAGGAGAAGAAAGAGAAGGAGGAAGAGGACGAGAAGGAGGAGGAGGGUACGUAGCCGGGCGUUCAGGAUGCAGCAUGAACCUCGGUGCCCCGCAUUGGGAGUUUGCGAGCCUCGGCAGGGGGACUACGACGACGACGACGAAGAAGGUGCUGUUCAGGUGCUUUCGCAUCAGGUCGUCCUCGAUACACGCAACGUCGUCGCGCGCGUCGAGAGCUGCCACCGCCGCCGGCGUCGUCGCGCUUACUCGGAGGUGGCGCACAACACCUGGCACAGCGGGGACAGCAACAGCAACAACAACAGCAGCAGCAGCAACAGCAUCAGCAUCAGGGAGAGAAGGCACCAACAGGCCGACGAGAGACACGAGGUGGUGGUGCAAGAGGUGCAGGUGGCGCGGCAGAAGGAAGAAACGGAAGCGGAGGUGGUGGAUUCCUACGAACGCAUCGCGUUGCUGUUGUUGCUGUCGCCGUCGUCGAGAGAACUCCUCACCUGUAUCGUCGUCGUCGUCGCCGCAACCACCGCAGCAGCUGCGACUGUCGCAGUCGCCGCCGUCUCGGUCGGCCGUGGUACGCUGGUCCAGGGGAACUUCUAAGGGCCCCGCCAACCCGGACCGCUCAGGCAGGCACCUGGGCGACUGGUCCGGGAUACGUACGAGCGGGGCUGACAUCAUCGAACAGCGGGGAUAUCCCGGUGAGUGGUCGCUCGGCGACCGAGCGACGGCGCGGAUUAUCGUGGCGCGAGUUUGCCCGUCACCCUCGACGAGGCGACGAGGGACGCGAACGAGAAAAGAAACGGAAACGAAAAGGGAACGUUGCGAUCGAGAGCGGAGAUACGUCAAGGCUCGAUCACCCGUCCAGAAAGGCGUUGACGUGUACAGUUGCAGCACAGUGGAGGAGAGGGAGGGUGACAAAAAUCUGGCGCGAGUUAUCGAGUGGCGGAAGAAUAUCUCCGAUAUAUCUCCGUGGGAACGUUUGGAAGCGGAACCGUUUCAACGGCCACCUUGCGCAGCGUUGCUGGCGCCGUGCCUCGACGGACGUACCGGAAAUAACGGUAGUAAGGUCACAGGUCGCAUCGUGGACGGCAUUCCGGGUGCACGAGGAAUCGAGUGUCGGGGAACAGAGCGCGUGCCGAGAGGCGGGCCUCAGAUUUCGUGGCAGCGAUGCGGGGCCUCCUGCAGCAGCCCGGCUGCAUUACUACGGAUCAUCUACAGCACGAGUCCACCGACGCGAGUCAUCUUUUUUGUCAUCGGCCGACGUGCGCGAUACCGAGGGGGAGAAGGGAGCAGUGGCAGCGAAAAGAUCGGUCGGUUGUUCUCGUGGUGGAGAGCGAGGCACGUCGUCACGGCGUUGUGCGGCCACGUACGUGCGCGGCGACAGUCGGGAACGUCGACGAGGAGGAGCGCGACGACGACGGCAGGACGUCGGGGACGUUAGCGUCCCCGAUUAUCCCGUCGCGCCCAUGCGGCUCG